UUUGAACGUUUUUUGAGAAACACAAAGAAUAAAACGCUAUAUUUGUUUACGCAUGCGCAGAACUUAACUUGUUUGUUUAUUAUCAUUAUUGAAACUUGUUGUGAGGUAAAACUUAUCCAUGCCUGUUGAGAAAAAAUCCAUGCUGGCGUUCAUCGUCAUUAUACUAAAUCUAUUGUAUGCAAAAACAGAAAACUCUAAAAAAAGUUCAUUGAAGCUGAUUGUUCAAGUUUUACCGCCCGCAACUUUUGAAAAUAAAACGCACCAGAAAAAUGAAAAGCAAUUUGAUUUACCGCAACACGAUUGGGAUCCAAGAUAUCUUAUAAACAUUCGCAGGCACAAAAAGAAAAUGCGAAGACCAAAUAAAAGAGCAAAAAUCAACCAUGAUUUGACUCCCAUAUCAGAAUUUCCUACAAACAAAAGAUUUUAUAAGUUAGCAAAUAAACUCAGUUUUUUUCUUCGAAUAAAAGAAACUGGGGAAAUUGACGGAACGUUAAAUCCAAAUGAUGAAACGGCGCUAUUAGUGUUUGAAUCGCACGGUCCCAGCGUUAUAAGAAUCAAAGGAGUGAAGUCCAAUCGCUAUUUGAGGAUGAACAAACAAGGAAUGCCGACAGCAGAGCAUUCGCCUCCUCUGUACGACAGUUUAUUUCGACUUAAUCACGAAGAGAACGCAUGGGACACUUUUGCUUCGUUUAAGUUUUAUUUUGAAGAGAAAUACGAUAUGUUGGUUGGUAUUACCAAAGAAGGAUCUUUAAAAAAUCCUCUUAAGGCGUCUCCAGGACAAUACGCAACUCAAUUCUUAUCUAUACCUUGCGACUAAACAUAGUUAAUCUUUUAAUUUGUUGGAAUUGCUGUUUUGGCUGUGUUCUAUUAUUGUUCAUGAAAUACAAAAUAACAUUGCUCAAACAACGGGUAAAAGAGGUCAAUCGUUAAGUAAACUUUGCGAUAUAAAACAUUUAAAAAAGAAAUUAAUCCUACACUUAAAGAUAUCUACUGGAUAUUCAUCUUGCAAAUAUGGUUAAUCAAAAAAUCUUGACUUGACUUGAAAGUAACGCAAUAUUAUUGGAUAUAAAAACUCCUUUGUAAUAUAAAAAUAUUUAUUAUUUAUAAAUAACUUAUAGAAAACAUAGAUGACAUUUAUAAACAUUAAGAUU